CAAAUUUUUUCAGAAUGACUCAGAUGUGUUUUGAAAAGACCUACUAUCAUUUAGGACUGAAAACUUAAAUUUAAUGGAGGUAACAAGUGUACACUUCAGUCCAUCAGAGUGUCACAAAUCAAGCAAAUUCAUUUGUGACUUAAAUUACAUGACAUUGAUAUUUAUACUAUUUAGUGGAGAUCAAAUGUAGCCAAUUAACACAGCAUCCAGCAUUGUGUUUGUCUGUGUGUGUGUAUUAAUAAACGCAGCUGUGACUGCAUAAGAGGGUAUCAUAGUAAAAGUGUUCCACCAGCCUGUAGCAGCUUGUAUUUUCUCACCAGCACAGAGAUCAUAUUGAAUAAUCUGAGUCCUUGAAUCAAACUGUCAAACAAAAACACUUGUUGGUGUUCCCAUUCGUUCAGCCAGCUGAAGUUUGGAGACUAUAUAAGACAGACCAACUCUACCACUGUACCUUUGUGAAGACGUGUAACUGGACAAUGAGGGUUGCUGGUUUGCUGUUGUUGCUGCUCGGUCUGUGUGGGUCAGGGGCUCAGGGGGAGGGUGGAGGCCUCGGUGAGGUGGGUGAGAUCAGCCAGUUUCAGAAGACAGCUGCAAGAGAUGCAGUUGAGGAAUCGACCGAGCAAACCACAAAGCAAACCACCCCUGACAUCUGGGUGGAGGUGAGGGCACUGAGAGACAUGGUGGUGGAGCUUAAGGUGGAGCUGAGAAACAUGGAGGCCAGAGUGAAAAAUAGCGAGAACCAGGUGAAUGAACUGAAAGCUGAGCUGAUGGUCACCAAGGUGCACGUGCAGCUGCUGCAGAGAGAGAACUCUGUCCAAGCCACAGAACUGGUAUCUUUGGGAACUAGACUGACUGCCACCGAGAGCAAAACAAGUGACCUAGAAAAGAAGAAUGCAGACUUGCAGACCAGACUGAGUAGCAGUGAGAGUGAACUUCUCGUCAGCAAGUCCAGGAUUGACCAGCUGGAGAGAGGAAAUGCAGAGAAACCAAAGGUGGCCUUUUACACAGCUCUGACUAAUGCAGGAACUGUAGGACCACACAACACAGACAUCACACUGAAAUACAGCAAGGUCUUCACCAACAUUGGCAACGGUUACAAUCCAGCUACAGGUUUCUUCACAGCACCAGUCAAAGGGGUCUACUCUUUCCAGUUCACUAUGUGUGGUCACCACACAGGUCUUGUGGGUAUAUAUGUGUACAAGAACAACCAAAGGAUUAUGUAUAAUGCGGAGUGGAAGGAAGAUGGGGGUCUUAAGCAUAUCACUAACUCUCUUGUCUUGGAGCUGAUAGCAGGAGAUGAAAUUCAUCUGGUUCUCCCAUCAGGUUAUACUCUCUAUGAUGAUGUAAAUAAACACAGCAUCUUCAGUGGCUUCCUUCUCUUCCCACUGUAAGGAUGUUGUUUAGGCUGCUGUGUGACUGAUUAGUCACAAACCCUGUUGUUAUUGGCUACACUGGGAUUCUUUAGAAAAUCCUGAUAUAUCUCAGCACCGCUGCCUCCAAGACAAAUGUCUGUACAUUUACUGCAUGUAUCAAAUAAUGUGAUUCUGAAUCUGACCUCCCUUUAGUGUCAUCACAUGAAAACAACAUUCAAAUAAAUCGAAGAUGCAUUGAA